AUAUAUUGCCCAGAUGCCAUCCUUAGUUUUGAGGGUUGUCAACCCCCUCGCUCAUUUAUAUAUAUCCGCGGCCUAGGCUUUCAAUCGCUUAGGAGAAGCCCAAAACCUCGUAGUCGGCCACUGCCUGCUCCUAAGAGUCCGGCUUUCAGUCAAGAACGAGGUCAACAAACCAGACAUCCAACGCCUUUCACCAAUCCUCAGUGGGCAAUAUGAAAUCUUGUUGUGGUACCAAAGCUAUGUGCUCUGUUCAGCAGCCUGUUUUCACAAGGGGGUGUGCCUUGACGAUGAAGGGUUCUGGAGUAUCUUCUAAUUCCAGUAAAGUUAGGGUCUUUUCUGUAAGGCCCAGUAAAGUCACCCUAGUUGAAGGCAGUUUAGCCACCGGGAGGCCGACCUCUUCUGUGACAGUGCCAGAGAUUGGAGGUGCUAGUAGCAGCUUCCCGGACUAUGAUUUAAGCCGAGCUGAUCCUGAUGUGCAGUCUAUUAUCAACAAAGAGAAAGAACGUCAAUUUAGAAGCUUAGAGCUCAUUGCCUCUGAGAAUUUCACCUCACGAGCAGUGAUGGAAGCAGUUGGUUCUUGUCUCACAAAUAAAUAUUCUGAAGGACUUCCUGGAAAAAGGUACUAUGGUGGGAACGAAUUCAUUGAUGAGCUAGAGAUUCUUUGUCAAGAAAGGGCAUUGGCAGCAUUUAACCUGGACAGAAGUAAAUGGGGUGUAAAUGUUCAGCCCCUGUCUGGUUCUCCUGCAAAUUUUGAAGUUUAUACAGCCAUUCUUAAUCCACACGAUAGGAUAAUGGGAUUGGACUUGCCUCAUGGGGGGCACUUGUCUCAUGGAUUCAUGACCCCCAAAAGACGGGUUUCAGGAACAUCUAUUUAUUUUGAAUCGAUGCCUUACCGACUUGAUGAAUCUACAGGUCUUGUUGACUAUGACAUGCUUCAGAAAACUGCAACACUGUUUCGGCCUAAACUUAUUAUUUGUGGUGCUAGUGCUUAUCCAAGAGACUUUGAUUACCCUCAAAUGAAAAAGAUAGCAGAUGAUGUUGGGGCUUUUCUAAUGAUGGAUAUGGCUCACAUUAGCGGCCUUGUAGCUGCCUCUGUUGUUGCUAACCCUUUUGAGUACUGUGACAUUGUUACAACUACAACCCACAAGUCUCUGAGAGGACCUAGAGGCGGCAUGAUCUUCUUCAAGAAGGAUCCUGUUCUCGGUGUUGAUCUAGAAUCUGCCAUUAACAAUGCUGUCUUUCCUGGUUUACAGGGGGGUCCGCACAAUCACACCAUUGGGGGUCUAGCUGUCUGCUUGAAGCAUGCAAAGUCACCCGAAUUUAAGGCAUACCAAAACAGGGUAGUUUCUAAUUGUAGAGCUCUUGCAAGCCAGUUAAUGGAGUUGGGGUACAAACUGGUAUCUGGAGGGAGUGAUAAUCAUUUGGUUCUUGUUGAUCUAAGACCUAUUGGUAUUGAUGGUGCUAGAGCAGAGAAAAUCCUCGACAUGGCUUCUAUCACUCUGAACAAGAAUUCCGUACCUGGUGAUAAAAGUGCGCUAGUCCCGGGUGGCAUUCGUAUAGGAUCACCAGCUAUGACCACCCGAGGUUUCCAGGAGAAGGAAUUUGUGGCAGUUGCUGAAUUUAUCAACGAGGGCAUACAAAUUGCCCUUGAAGCCAAGAAAUUGUGUUCUGGUUCGAAACUCCAAGAUUUCUUGAAAUUUGUUACAUCUCCAGAAUUCCCGUUGACCAAUCAAGUGUCUGAUCUUCGUGGAAGGGUCGAAGCCUUGACCACUCAAUACCCACUGCCCGGCCUGUGAGAAAAAUACAGCGAACAGAAGAUAUGGAUGUGAAGUCACCAUCUCUUUUAUGAAGUCAUGAAUAAACUGAGGGAACAACAACACAGGUUUGAAUUUCGUGUCUCUUUUGUGUUGUAACCGCACGUGUUCAUGCUGAUUCCUUCAGCUUGAGUUUGACUUUGAAAGUUCUCUGACUAAAAAGAACACCAUUUCUAAUACAUGAAAAGGAGUAUUGUAUUCUUAACAAGAGCUCAGUGUAGUUUCACCUAGAGAUUUUUUUUUGCAAAUUAGUUUUUUUGUUCUAUGUUUUUGCAUUAGCCAUUUAUUUCAUAAUUUAUAGAAUGGGGUCUUUCAUGUGAC